UGUAUUUAUUUAAUCAUUGACAGCUGACGGUAUAUCGCGCCUUUACUGUGUGUCGUUGCAUACUGCUUGUUAUUUUAUUUUUCUUCCUGAAUAUAUAUUGUAUAUUUAUUAAUAUAAGUGACAGAAAGAUCAUUUUAAUAUCUUGGCCAAAUAAUGGAUAAUAUCUUUGGGAAGGAAGAUUCUGGAGAGGAGAGCGAACAUAACAUCGAGCAUGAUAUCGAGGAAAAAGAUGAUAAGAACAGUCCUACACAAAAUUCAGCAUCUAAAGAUAACGAAAUCAUGGAAGUUGAUGGUGUACAAGUCAAGGUAGAAUCUGAUGCAAUGAGUUCACAGUCACAAUCAGAUGUAGAAGAGAAUGAAAUUACAGGAUCAAGUUCUGCAUGCCCAAUUGUGAUAGAAGAAGUAGAAAUUGUGAAACAGGAAAUUGUGAAGGAAGAAGAACAAAUUGUGGAAGAUAUAUUUGGUAAUGACAUUUUGUUACCUCGUGCAAAUCCAGUCAGUACAAAAGAAAGAAGGGAAAGUAAAGAAAAAAGCAAGAAAGAGCUAGAAGAAGAAGAACGAGAAAAGAUGCAGGUAUUAGUAUCCAAUUUUACUGAAGAUCAGUUAGACAGAUAUGAGAUGUAUAGACGAUCAGCAUUUCCAAAGGCUGCUAUAAAAAGGAUUAUGCAAACUAUAACAGGCUGUUCAGUAUCGCAGAAUGUUGUCAUAGCUAUGUCAGGAAUCGCCAAAGUAUUUGUUGGUGAAAUUGUUGAAGAAGCUUUAGAUGUUAUGGAGACUCAGAAUGAAACUGGCCCAUUACAACCAAAACAUCUGAGAGAAGCUGUUCGCAGAUUAAGGCUACAAGGUCAAAUACCAAAUGGUCGAGCGCACAAAGCUUUCUUUAGACUAUAAUUGAUCCAUAUUUAUAGUAUAUUAGUGCAAUACAUUUUCUCAGAUAAAAUUCUAUCAAUAUUGAAUUUUGAAAAUCUAAUCUAAUCUAAUGCGUAGUUUAAAUCUAAUUUAUAUAUAUAUAUA